GAAAAUUAAUUUGCAAAAUUGAAACAAAAUCAAUAAAAAUUGCAAAUUUAAUUAAAAUUAUAAAAGUGAAAAAAUUUGCAAAACUUUAAAACAUUUUAUAACCUAAAAUUCAAUGCAAUUUAGUGAACUUAAUAAUAUUCAGUGAAUAUACUAUCUCAAAAUCUUUAAAAUACCAUUAAAAACUUAAAUGCUCAAAUCUUAGAUUGCAAAUAAUCGUAAAAAUGUAAUUCAGUCAAUUUAUUCAAAUUCAUCAAUUAGUGCAAAAACUCUCAACAAAUAAAACAUCGAUCUUAAAGAGUCAAGUGAUAAAUUGUGAAUAAUUAAUAAAGAAAAGAAUUAUUAAAUUUAAAAAAAAAUUAUGAAAAGUUCCAGUUUAAAGAAGUGCCUUACAGGCGUACUGCCUAUUAUUUUAAUUUUAAUUAGUGAUAAUACUAUAGAAGCAGAUGUACAUUUUAAAAGUCAUCCAACAACGGCAAAGGUUUAUGAAAGUGAUUCUGUUCUCUUGCCUUGUUAUUCAACAGAACGCCACACAAGAGUCAGAUGGUUUGAUGAUGAUAAUAAUGUAAUAGCAGAUAGCCAAUUGCCACAGCUACAAGAACAAUAUGACAGAGUGCUACAUUCAAAUGGAUCUCUUGAAGUGAUAAAUGUUCAGCUAAAUGACACUGGCAAUUACAUAUGUGAAGUCACAAUCGGAUACAAAGUGUUUAAGCAAGUGAAUGCAAUUGAAGUUCAAGUUCCGCCUGAAGUCAUCACAUAUCCAGCCGGAUUUAUGAAUAUUACAUUAGGUGGCAUUUUUCAAAUAACGUGUGAGGCUAAGGGGGUGCCAUAUCCAAUUAUAUCAUGGCGUCACAACAAUCAGAAAGUUACAAAUACAGAUGACAGCAACAGAAGACUAACCGUAGAAGUAAAACAUUAUGACAUGGCUGGCAAUAUUGAAUGUGUAGCUGAUAACGGCGUGGGCGAGCCAGCAUCUAAUGGUCUUGUUCUUCUUGUACAGUUUGCACCGGAAGUUAUUGUCAAAAAUCCUAUUGUGCAUACUAAGGUUGGAUUACAAGGAAAAAUUGAAUGCAUUGUCUUCUCUCAUCCAACUGCACAAAUUCAUUGGUUUUUUGAGGGAAAGCCAGUUGUAAAAAUGAACAACCUUUUUAGUGCAUAUGAGAAUGAUUUGACUGUCACAGAAGCUCUGCCAUCAUAUUAUUCAAAGAAACGACAUGUGCUUACAAUCCGUAGUGUACGAGAAGCUGACCUUGGAAAAUAUGAAUGUAAGGCAGAUAAUGCUUUAGGCUUAUCGAGUGGAACUGUAACAUUAAUGGCUAAUCCAUUGAAACCAAUAUUUGAGGAUAAGAAUCAACCGGCAACGCCAACGACAAAAGUUUUAUCAUGGCAAACUCAAUCUCUAUCGCCAAUAAUUGAUUAUAGCUUUAAAUUUAGACUUGUAAAGACGGGAAAUGAAAAUUUUCAGCCUAAAGCCAAAAAUUAUUGGACAACUUUAACAAUACCAGCUGAUAAAGACACGACUGGUCCGUUUCAUACGAAAAGUUAUAAACUGGAAGGACUCGGGCCAAGUCGAGUUUAUGAGGUGUCUAUUCAAGCAAGAAAUCAGUAUGGUCAGAGUGAGCAGAGCAAUAUUCUCCAAUUCAGUACGCCUGCCGUUUCUGACAUCAUCAGUAGUAGUUCAUCAACUGAAUCAAAUGAAUAUGAUAGUCGUUUUGAUGACGAUCAAGAGAAUGAAAUUUAUCCAGCACCCUUCAAUGCGGGCUCGUAUUCAACAACCAUAGCCACAAUGUCAUUCACAGUUUUUAUCAUUUUUUGUCGCAUUUUUCUGUAAAUAGAACUAAAAUAAUAUUUUUUCAUGCGUUGAGCGAAUUUUGUGUGCUUU